AUGUCCAUGAGACCUCCUCCAGUCUUCAGUAAAGAACCUGGACCCUCACACACAGAGGAGAGGAAGAGGAGUCAUGUUUCUGAGGAGGAGCAGUCGUCCUGCUGUGCUUCGUGUCAGGACGUCCUGAAGGAUCCAGUCUCCACCAGCUGUGGACACUGGUUCUGCAGACAGUGCAUCACCUCAUACUGGGACCAGUCUGGUUCUUCAGGAGACUCCUCCUGUCCCCAGUGUGGAAAAAGAUCCAGAACAGGAGCUGGAGAUCGUGGUCUGCAGGAGGUUUUUGAUGAACAUCAGCUCAGUCUGAGGAGGAGAUGUGAACAUGUGACUGAAGGAAGUGAUGAAACAGGAAGUAGAACCCUCCUCAACAGGAUCUACACUGAGCUCUACAUCACAGAGGGACAGAGUGAAGAGGUUAAUACUCAACAUGAGGUGAGGCAGCUUGAGACGGCUUCCAAGAUGAAGAUCCUCCACGACACUCCCAUCAGGUGCCACGACAUCUUUAAAGCCUCCACUGACCAGCAGAGCAGCAUCAGAGUCGUCCUGACCAACGGCGUCGCUGGCGUUGGAAAAACCUUCUCGGUGCAGAAGUUCACUCUGGACUGGGCAGAGGGUUUAGAGAACCAGGAUGUGGGUCUGCUGACUGUGCUUUCGUUCAGGGAGCUGAACCUGGUGAAGGACCAGCAGCACAGUCUCCUCACGCUGCUCCGUGUUUUCCAUCCAGCGUUACAGAAGCUCACGGCAGAGACGCUCGCUGUCUGUAAACCUUUGUUCAUCUUUGACGGCCUGGAUGAAAGCAGACCUUCUCUGGACUUCAACCACAGGGAGCUUGUGUCUGAGGUCACACAGAGGUCAUCAGUCAACGUGCUGCUGACAAACCUCAUCCGGGGGAAUCUGCUUCCCUCGGCUCUCGUCUGGAUAACCUCCAGACCUGCGGCGGCCAAUCAGAUCCCUCCUGCAUGUGUUGACAGGGUCACAGAAGUACGAGGCUUCACUGAGGCCCAGAAGGAGGAGUACUUCAGGAGGAGAUUCAGUGAUGAAGAGCUGAGCAUCAGAAUCAUCUCACACAUCAAGACGUCCAGGAGCCUCCACAUCAUGUGUCAAAUCCCAGUCUUCUGCUGGAUCAGUGCUACAGUUCUGGAGCACAUGUUGACCACAGACCAGAGAGGAGAGCUGCCCAAGACCCUGACUGACCUGUACUCACACUUCCUGCUGGUUCAGACAAAGAGGAAGAACAACAAGUACGGUGAGGGACAUGAGACGAGUCCACAGCAGCUGACGGAGGCUGACAGGGACGUUCUCCUGAAGCUGGGGAGGCUGGCACUGAAACAUCUGGAGGAAGGAAACAUCAUGUUCUACCAAGAAGACCUGGAGCGGUGUGGUAUUAAUGUCACAGAGGCCUCGGUGUACUCAGGAGUUUGUACUGAGAUCUUCAGAAGAGAGUGUGUGAUCUUCCAGAAAUCAGUCUACUGCUUUGUUCAUCUGAGCGUUCAGGAGUUCCUGGCUGCAGUCUACAUGUUCCACUGUUACACCGAGAGGAACACAGAAGAACUCAACAACUUCUUGGGAACAUAUAGGAACAGAGACAAUAUUUUCUUUAAUUACAGUCUCGCUGGUUGGGAACUCUCAGAGACUCACUGUGAAGUCGUGGCCUCAGCUCUGAAGUCAGACCCCUCACAUCUGACAGAACUGGAUCUGAGUAACAAUGACCUGCAGGAUUCAGGAGUGAAGCUGCUGUGUUCUGGACUGGAGAGUCCAAACUGUCGACUGGAGACUCUGAGGUUGAGGAGCUGCAGUCUGUCAGAGAUCAGCUGUUCUUCUCUGGCUUCAGCUCUGAAGUCAAACCCUUCUCAUCUGAGAGAACUGGAUCUGAGCUGGAACAACCUGCAGGACUCAGGAGUGAAGGAGCUGUGUGGUUUUCUACAGAGUCCAACCUGUCGACUGGAGACUCUGAGGUUGAAGAGCUGCAGACUGUCAGAGAUCAGCUGUUCUUCUCUGGCUUCAGCUCUGAGGUCAAACCCCUCUCAUCUGAGAGAACUGGAUCUGAGUGACAACAACCUGAAGAACUCAGGAGUGAAGGAGCUGUUUGAUCUUCAGCAGAGUCCAACCUGUCGACUGGAGACUCUGAGAUGGGGGUGGAGAUCUUAAUGUGUAGAGGACAGUGUGUGUGGACGGAGGCUGAGCUGUGUCCUGAGGAUCCAGAGGCUGAAGCAGCAGCAGCUUGUGUGUAGUCUCCAAUCUACACAACCCCUAAUCUGCAUGUGUUUGUGAGAUGAAGCCGGAGCACCUGGAGAAAACACGUGGAGAACAUGCAGACUCCACACAGGAAGACCCAUCUGAACCGGAUUCAAACCAGCAACCUUCCUGCACCGAUUGUGUUUAUUCACAUGAAGAUUGUGUUUAUUGAAAUGACACAACACAAGCAGAAUAUAUAAACCCUCUAUAAAGAGUCACA